AUGAGGCGAGCGGGACACUUUGCUCUCCAGCUGGAUGAAAUGACAGAUGUCAGCGGAGAAGCCCAGCUCUUAGCGUUUGUACGGUACAAAGAUGAAUCGGACAUAAAUGAGCACGUACUAUUUUGCAAAGCACUGCCAGGAAAGACAACGGGUGAAGAGAUAUUCCAGGUGAUCGACAGCUUUUUUAAAGAGCACGAUAUUGAGUGGACGUACUGUACGCACAUCUGCACAGACGGCGCUGCUGCUAUGUCCGGGGGAGUAAAGGGACUUCUUGGCCAGGUGAAAAAGGUAAAUACCGAGAUCAAAUGGUUGCACUGUAUUAUCCAUCGCGAAGCCUUGGCCAGCAAGAGAGUGAGCCCUGAGUUGAGCGCCGUUUUAGACGAUGCCGUAAAAGUAAUCAACUUUAUUCACUCGCGUCCACUCAACCGCAGACUUUUCCAAACGCUGUGUCAGGAGAGCGGCACCGAGCACGAACAGCUUCUGCUUCAUACGGACGUGCGCUGGCUGUCUCGCGGGAAAACACUACUGAGGCUUUAUGAACUUCAUAAUGAGGUUUAUGUGUUUCUUAAAGAGCAUCAGCACAGUCUCGCGGUCGUGUUCGAGGAUGCUGAGUGGGUGGCACGUCUUGCGUACCUGGCCGAUGUUUUUUCAAAACUCAACGAGCUCAACCUGUCACUCCAAGGCAAAGAGUCACACAUUCUCAACAUGUAUGACAAAGUGAAAGGAUUCACUAAGAAGCUUGAGCUAUGGUUGAGGAAGUGUGAUGAGAUGGAUGUUAGCUGUUUCCCACUACUUCAAACUCACCUUACUACCAAGAUCGAGGCCAAAGAGGCGUGUGACUGGCUGCGUGCGGCAGGAUUCCCACAGUACGCCCAGCUCUUUGAAGAUUCCCAGUUCCCCAUCGACAUCCGGCCGGUGAAGAGGGACCAUGACUUUCUGGACAAAGAUCUAGUGGAGCCACUCUGCAGGAGAAACCCCCCAGACACAGAGCCCUGGACCCCCACACACCACACCGAGAGAAAGGCCAAGUCUGGGGCCUCAGAGCGCCUCAGUGCGGUGUCCUGGAGCCUCAUCUGCAUUCCACACCGUCCCCACGUAAACAUGAGCGGACGGAGCUGGAGGACCGACCUGCCCCGAGGCGCCUGCUCCCUGCUCUCUCUGUCCAUUGAGCACCACAGCUGCCCGGCCGUGGGGGCCGUGGGGGCCGUGGGGGCCGUCAGAGCCAUCGUCCUGGAGUCCAACUACCUCCUGGAGCCCUGUGGGUCCGGCAAGUCCAGACUGACCCACAUCUGCAGAGUGGACCUUCGAGGCAGGACUCCAGAGUGGUACAACAAAGCCUUCGGACACUUGUGCGCAGCAGAGGCAGCUCGCAUUCGCAACUCCUUCAGCCCCAUCAUCACAGACGGACCAGAGACCAAGAUCUGA